AAUCGACAUAGCCGAGCGACUUCAAAAGUGAAAAAUUUUCGGUGGGUGUAAGGUGCUUGCAGAUUUAGCUCUCCGUGAAAAUCCGUGAAAAUUCAGCCGCAAAAAUCAUCGAAACCCCUUGAUGACUUUGCAAAGAGACAUGCUUCGAUGUCUCGCUAGUCUAGAUAAUGCUUAAGCUACCCAAAGGAUUAAAGAAAAAGAAAAAAGGCAAAAAGUCGAAAAAAGACCAAGAGCUCUUCACCGAGGAAGAGCUAGAACAGUACCGCCGGGAGCAUCAGAACCAGGCGUCGUCGGCACUCAACUCGGCUGCACCGUCGGACAGCGAAGACCAACCAGGGGAAAAGUCCGAGAACGACGAAGAAUGGUCUAAGUUUGCUGCGCUCACCACUGGUAUCGAUACAGUUCUCAAGAAAACCCAGGAAGAUCUCGAUCGUAUCAAGGAGAAGUCUUUCUUCCAGAAAGUUCCCACUAAGGUUGAACUCGAAGCCAAGGAACGGGAAGAACAGCUCAAGCGCGAACAAGAGGAAAAGGAGCGAGCCGAAGCGGCCGCUAAGGAGGCCGAGGAGAAGAAGGCUGCCGAAGAGCUCAUCAACGCUGUUGUCGAACUCUCGGAUUCAGAGUCUAACUCCGAGGUCGAGGAGGAUAUUUUUGAUACCAACUACACCGAUGCUAUAGCUAAGGGAGAGUUACCGAUCGCCUAUAUACCGGAGUCUCCAGAACUAGAAGAAUUCGAAGGACCAGAUCCGUUCGAUACAUCGUACGCAGAAAAGGUUAUCAAGGGACCUGAAGUAUCCAAGCGUGGCAAGAAGAUUGUUAAUAUUGGCGCUGCCGUUGAAGUUCUUACCGGACGUGUAGAGAACGUAUCAUCCAAGUCAUCGAUUCGUCGUCCACGUCGAGGACCACAAAACUUACUCCUCGAAAGCUUUGACGAAGGUCAACCUGACGGAGAGGAGGCAAAACCUAGCGAGGAAGUUGCUGAACAGCCCGUGUUCACUUUACUAGACGAUCCAGCAGAGCUUCUGAGCGAUGCCCCUAUCGAUUUGAGCGUAUCCCUUCAUCUUGCGCUUCAGAAGGAACAGGAAGCCAAAAAGGAGCAGGAACCAACUGAACCUGAACUCAAUCUAGACGAAUUUGACGAUCUUAAAAAGCGUGAGUCAGUGGUUGAAGGAGACGAUUUUGAAUUACUUGUAGGUGAGGCCGAUCUAGGAGGUUCCAAGAAACCAUCUCGUCCACCGCCACCUCGACCAAGCGCCGGUCCACGCAUUCCAGAGGUCCCGGGGCUAGUUGACGAAGACGAAUUUGAUCUUGACGCAGACGAUCCGUUUGAUACCGGCUUUGUUGAAAGGGUUCUUCCGGCAACAGCCAAGGAGGACGACGAAUUUGAUCCCCGUGCUGGGGAAGCAGACGCCGUAGAAGACGACGACGACUUUGAUCCACGGGCAGAGGAAGAGUCCGCACCUGCAGCUCCAAUCCGUGCCAAGACUCCGGAUCUCUUCUCAGCGGAAGAACACGCUUCUCUGCAGGUUUCGGCAAACCUUACAAAAGAUCUUCUUUCGGGCAGUACUUCGGAUCUAACGGAAAUCGUUCAAACUCCUUUGGAAGUCUUAGCUGUUGGAACAGACGCUACCGCAUACGUUGAUCCUUUCGAUACUUCAGCCGUUACGUCGAUUGUUGCUCCGGGUAAAACAGAACUUAAGUUCUUGGAAGAAGAACUACUAGCAGAGCAACCCAGUACUCUAAAACAUUCUUUGAGUGAUCCAGACUUUGAUCCCCGAGCUGACUGCGAGCCACCUAAACAGGAAGAAGACUUUGUUGCCAUUGCACAGCGCAAAUCUUCGCUCAGUUUACAGAUAAACGGAGCAGCGGCUAAGAGCAAGACCGUCGUUUUUGCCGUUCCGACACCGGAUCUGCUGAAAAUCGACGGUGAUCAAUCUUUGAACAAGAAGCCCUUAACUCCAUACUACAACCGUGAAAGCUCCAUUCCGGAGUCGGAAGAUCCUUUCGAUACUUCUUUUGUACCGAGCAUCGCUCCGACGCAGUUGGAGAUCAAUCUCAUCGAGCAGGAGCUGAACGAGGCUACAUUAAAGCACAGUUUGUCGGAUCCAGAUUUUGAUCCCAGGGCCGUUACUCCGCUUGAGGUUCCUGUUGCUGUUGUACAACCCAAGUCCGAUCUUUUAGGAGUCUCUGACGAAUACAACCAAAAGGUUCUGACUCCAGCAAAGGAAGCGGAACCAUUAGAAGUCGAUCCUUUCGACACAUCGAUCGCUGUUAAUAUCCAGCCGGGCCGAGCUGAAUUUAAGCUCUUGGAAGACGAACUUAUUCCAGCCCAACCGGUUGUACCAGGCACUAGUCAGGACUUCUUAUCGGACUCACAAGAUACUGGUUCGAUCUUUGGGAAGGUACUUACCCCACAGCCGAGCAACUCAAUCGACGAGACUGAUAUCGAUCCGUUCGAUACAUCCUUUGCGAACGACUUGGGACCAGGCAAGACUGAAAUCAAACUUUUAGAGAACGAACUGUUCAGUAGCGGAAACUAGAAAGAUGGCGAAUCCCUUCUUGAUGGACGAUGAG